AUGUAUAAUUCAAAUUUUCCCGCCUGCGCAGAACGUUCUGCGCAGUUUCACUUCCGCGCAUGCACAAACGGCAGCCAUUUUGCUCCCCGCUCUCUUCAUUUCUUUUCGCGUCAGCAAGCAGACAAGAUGUCGGCACACAAGACGUUUAUUAUCAAGCGAAAACUCGCUAAAAAGCUGAAACAAAAUCGUCCGAUUCCCCAAUGGGUGAGAAUGCGAACCGGAAAUACCAUAAGGUUAUGUUUAUAA